AGCAUCCUCAGCUGAGCGCGACAUCGCAGGAACCAGCAUUGCCCUCGGCCAAUGUAAAGAAGCAACCCGCCCAAUAUGGCAACAGCAGGGCAAGCACUCCGACUCUGCGUUCGCAGCUGUCGCCGGAUAUCAACGACACCGCGCAUCGCCGCCACGCGCCCGUUCGCCCAGACGCAACGACGAACAUUCGCUGCGAGCACCACGAGGCGGACGCCGCCGAACAACGAGGAGGGCAACGAUGACGACGGUCGCGCCAAUUUUGGCCCGCAGGAAGGGCUCGAGGAGAUGAUUCAGCGCCUCAAGCCCGAGGAGACCAAGGCGCUCGACAGCCUGAGAAAGCUCGACCCGUCGGCCCAGCAGAUGUCGCUCCAGGCGUACCUCGAGAGGGAGAUGGGGAAGGACGAGGCGAACCACGAGAAGCUGAUCGACACUCUUGAGUGGAAGAAGCUGGUGAACGACGGGAGACCGCUCAAGACAUCGUUCUGGUACGAUGAGGACGACCCAACCGGGCCGACGGAGGACCUUAUGGACGAGUUCGACGAGGAUGACAUGAUGCCCAUGGCGCACGCAAAGCUGGAUGAGAUUCGCGAGCACAGACAGUACCACCGCAUCAUGGCGUGGGAGAUGCCGUUGCUGUCCAAGCUGGUCAAGCCCUUUGAGCCGCCCCAGGAUGACCAGGUGCUUCGUUUCCGGUACACGACGUACAUGGGCGAGUACCACCCGGCCCAGAGGAAGGUGGUGGUGCAGUUCUCGCCGGCCGACCUCAAGCUCUCGCCGGUGCAGGCAGACAAGCUCCGGAAGCUGGCUGGACCGCGGUACAACCCGGAGACGGACACGGUCAAGAUGAGCUCCGACAAGUACGAGCACCAGGCGCAGAACAAGCGCUAUCUGUCGGAUUUGGUGGACACGCUGAUCGAGGCGGCCAAGGACCCCAAAGACACGUUCAAGGACAUCCCGCUCGACACGCGGCACCACGAGUUCAAGAACAAGCCCAAAUUCCCCAAGGAGUGGCGCAUGACGGAGGAGCGCCGCAAGGAGCUCGACGAGUUCCGGCAGCGGGCGCUCGAGAUUGACGCGGGCAGGACGGAGGACGGGCGCCUGGUCGACGGCGCGCAGAAGAUUGAGGCGGCUCUUGCGGCGCCUGAGCAGACGAACGACAAGGUGGCCCAGCUGGUGGGCGCGCGGGGCCGAGGCGCGGGCAAGCAGAAGGCCGCACGUCGGUAAGGGGGAGGGACGUGAUGGUUGGCUCGCCCGUCCGACGAGGAUGACGGGUCCGGGCGGCUUCCAGUCCUGGGAUAAAAGGGGAAGGAACAAAAACAUGUAUGACUAGGCGGCCGACCCGUCAGUAGGGUUCGGCGUGCCCGUGUAACAUCUCCGUGUAUACAUCCGUGCCAGAUGGGAAUUAUAGAAAUCCAAGAAACAGGGUGCCUUUUGCGGGUUUGCUUUUGUCACUGCGUGGAAGAAGAGCUG